AUGGUCGGCGACUCAAGAGCAGAACCAAGUCGUAUUAUGCCUGGCUCCUUUGAAUCAUGGCUAGAAAAAGUGCUGGAUAGUAUAUUCCAGGAAGGAGUUAACUCUGCUACGCUCAAUUUUAUGAAUUAUACAUUUUAUGCGCUAUUCGCGGUUCUCACAACACUCUUCCUUGGCUCGGGCUUAAAUCUCCAUGUGUUGGCCCUUCUACUUCUUGCUAUUGCCCUCUGUCUCGCCACGAACUGGUUCGUAUCGGAACUAUACAGGGAAUCUCUGCGACAAAAAGAGAAAAGCUCCUCGAAACCAUUGCCCAAGCCAGAUCCCAAGUCUGAGUAG